AUGCAGAUCAAGACUGAGUUUCUGGUGGCUGCGCUGGUUUUGAGCAGCUACCACACCAAAACCUCAUCGGUAACUCCUCGUGCUGUUUCUGAAACUGACCACGACCACGGGAGAUCGCUACGACAGACCUAUUCAACGGCACAUGAAGUAGGUUGGAUGGAGUCGAAGCUCGCAACGCUCAAGGAAGGAAAAGAAAAACUUAAUCAGAUUUACCGGAGACACGUACAAACAAAUUCAUGGCGGUGUAUGUGCGCUAUGUAG